AUGGCAAAAGAUCGACGUCAGGCACCAGGUGGCCCGAGCGCCAGCGGGGAGAGCUCCGAACCGCAUCGCUACCUUGCAGCCGCAUAUCUCAGUCAAUGGCGAGCCGAGAUGGCGCUGACAUCACACCAGUGGAAAGCAUUCAACUUCAUCGACGUUUCGCCGGUGAAGCUACCAGAGGACAGCUCGGUCUUCAAUAGUGACCUCUCCAGUAUUUGCACCGGCUCCGCGAACCUUUUCGUUGGCACUGCCGAUGGCUUCGUCCAUAUCGUCUCCUCGGCCUUCCGCGUCGUGCGAUCGUUCAAGGCCCACGACACCGGCUCCAUAACGCACAUGCGACAAAUUAAUGACACCGCUUUGCUGGUUACUGUUGCAGAAGAUCUAUCCAAUGAGCCGAUUUUAAAAGUCUGGGCGCUAGAUACAGAGAAGAAAGACGGUGGCCCGCGGUGCCUGUCAACCGUUUCUGUGCAGAAUGCCAGGAGACAAUUUCCGAUUUCUGCUUUUACAGCCACCGAAGACCUCUCGCAAGUAGCAAUCGGCUUCGCGAACGGAUCCGUGACCAUCAUCCGAGGCGACCUGAUCCACGAUCGCGGCGCACGACAACGAAUCGUAUUUGAAUCUGAGGAACCGAUCACAGGACUUGAAACCCAGAAUGGCGCCAUCACCACACUCUACAUCUCGACAACCAGCCGCAUCCUGACAUUGGUGAUCGCCGGGCGGGGACAGGGCCAGCCUGCACGCGUGCUGGACGACACGGGCUGCGGUUUAGGGUGCAUGACGCUUGAUAAAGAGGGUGGCGAUAUUCUAAUUGCUCGGGAGGAUGCUGUCUAUACCUAUGGUCCACGGGGUCGUGGCGCGAGCUAUGCGUUCGAAAGUCCCAAGACGUCAAUCGAUGCUUUUCGCGACUAUGUGGCUCUUGUUUGUCCGCCCAAGGCUGGCACUGGCAAGUCGGAUGCACUCAGGAAAUACACUGCUAGUCCUGCUGAGGAGAUAUUUGGCACGACGACAUUCACUCUCCUUGAUACUGAUCUCAAGUUCAUCGCGCAUAGCGAAACGUUAGUUUCACCCAUGAAACGGAUCUUUAUGGAGUGGGGACAGCUAUUCCUUCUCACGACUGACGGAAAGAUCUUCCGCUAUCGUGAAAAGACCCUCCAACAGAAGCUGGAAAUUUUAUAUGAGCGCAAUCUUUACAUUCUUGCGAUAAACCUCGCGCAGAAGAUCGGAAUCGAUCCGCUACAGCAGAAUGCCAUUUAUCGCAAAUAUGGCGAUUUCUUGUACCAAAGGGGCGAUUAUGAUACUGCCAUGCAGCAGUAUCUUCGGGCAAUUGAUAACACAGAGCCCUCUCAAGUCAUUCGCAAGUACUUGGACACCCAGCGUAUCCACAAUCUCAUUGAGUAUCUCGAAGAACUGCACGACCACGGCCGUGCCACGGUCGACCACACAACCCUGCUUCUUAACUGCUAUGCAAAGCUCAAGGAUACAAGCAAACUUGAUUCAUUCAUCAAGGCUCCUGGUGAGCUGAAGUUUGAUCUCGAGACAGCCAUUGCCAUGUGCCGCCAAGGUGGGUAUUAUGAGCAAGCAGCCUACCUUGCAACGAAACAUGGAGAGAAUGACAUGGUUGUCGAUAUCCUGAUUGAAGAUUCCAAGAAAUAUGUCGAGGCUGUGGAAUACAUUUGGCGGUUGGAGCCCGAAGUGGCCUACCCCAAUUUGAUGAAGUACGCAAGGGUGCUACUCACUCAUUGCCCUGAAAAGACAGCAGACCUGUUCAAGGUUUACUACUCUGGUCAGUAUCGGCCACGUACGGAAGUUGAACAACCUGCCGAGCCCCAGGAACAAACUACCAGCACAGUGCAAAGUCUGGCUGCGCUUCUCCCUCUCCGGUACAUGCAAGUUGGCACUGGCAGGCAACAAGAGGUCGAAGCGCCUGAAACAGAAAUAAAUGAGGACAAGCCCGAGGAUUCUCCGCCAGACUACGCAAUACCAAAGCCUCGAACCGCGUUUUCUGCAUUCGUGGACCAUCCCAAGGAAUUUAUCGGCUUCCUUGAGACUUUGGUGCAACAGCCGAAUUUGAAGAAAGAUGCCAAGAUAGAUCUCUUCACAACUCUGUUUGAGAUGUACUUGGAUACAGCAAAGGGACAGAAAGACGCAGCCGAGAGACAGGAAUGGGAAACCAAAGCAAAGAAACUAAUCGAAGGCAAAGACAUUCCGAUCUCCACAUCUAACGUCCUCCUUCUUUCCGAUCUAUCGAAUUUCCGCGAAGGAUCCACUCUUGUGCGCGAGCAAGAAGGUCUCCGUCUCGACAUUUUCCGCUCCUUCACCUCUGCAAAGGAUACACAAGGUGCCAUUAAGGCGCUGAGGCGUUAUGGGCCCGACGAACCCCAACUCUACGUCGACGCAUUGACAUACUUUGCCUCGAGUCCCCAGAUCCUCGAAGAGGCAGGCGACGAGCUAGACACAGUCCUGCAGCGCAUCAAUCAAGAUGGUCUUCUCUCCCCAUUACAGGUCAUCCAAGCUUUAAGCAACAAUGCCGUGGUGACAAUGGGCCGUGUCAAGAAGUAUCUAAGCGACAACAUCGAGCGCGAACGCAAAGAGAUCUCGACCAACCGCCGCCUGAUAUCAAGCUACAAAUCCGAAACCACAGCCAAACAACAAGAGCUAGACCACCUAACCAGCCAACCCGUCGUAUUCCAGUCUCGUCGCUGCCAAUCCUGCGGCGGAAGCCUGGACCUCCCCACCGUCCAUUUCCUAUGCAAGCACUCCUUCCACGAACGCUGUCUGAACAGGCUUGACGACGACGCCCAAUGUCCCGUCUGCGCGCCAACAAAUGCAACCCUGCGCGCUAUCAGGCAGCGCCAGGUGGAUUCUGCAGAUCAGCAUGAUUUGUUCAAGGGGGAGCUGUCGCGCUCUAGAGAUCGGUUUGGAGUUGUUAGUGAGUUCUUUGGGAGGGGUAUUAUGAGGCCGCAGAAUACUAUGGAGUAA